GUUACAGUAAAGGGGCUUCUUCCUCCUUUCCUCUAAAAAAAAAAAAAAUCCCUAGAUAUUUCUAGGUAUGUUUUAACACAGCAGACCCAACAUUUUUGGCACCAGAGACUUGUUUUGAGGAAGACAAUUUUUUUCCAUGGACAUUGGGGAGGGGCAGAUAGUUUCAGGAUGAAACUGUUUCAUUUCAGAUCAUCAGGCAUUAGAUUCUCAUAAAGAGCAUGCAACCUAGAUCCGUGGCAUGCGCAGUUCACAACACAGUUUGAGCUCCUCUGAGACUCUAAUGCCACCGCUGAUCUGACAGGAGGUGGAGCUCAGGCAAUAAUGCUCACUUGCCCUCUGCUCACCUCUUUCUGUGCGGCUGGUUCCUAACAGGCCAGGGUCCAGCAGCCUGGGAGGUUGGGGGCUCUUGUUUUAACAGAUAAGAGAAGUCUUUUUAGCUCAACAGUCAUAUCACUAGGUUAGUACUGCUUUGAAAAUUCUCUAGCUGUGUUCUCUGGCAUUCAUCCUGCCAAGUUGCUUUAACAAUUCUUUCCUGAGCCCCUCUGAGGUGAGAAGAUUGAGGCAAGGUGAUUAGAAGGCAGCCAGUGUCAGGGUCAUGCGGAAUGUCUGAGGCCUGUUUAGAGGCUGUGAAGCAAGGCUCUUUUUGAGACCCUGGAUACAGUUUGAUGCCAGCCUCACCUGAACACACAGAAGGCUACAGCCCCUGGGUGGAUGGUGAGCUGAAGAACGGCUGGGGAAGAGGCAUCGGAAAACCUUCCUUUUUUAACCCAUGGCACCUAUAGAUGGAAUGGUCCCUGGACUGAACGGUCUUGAACAGGCAGCAUUAUUUUCAAGGUGUGCAUAAGGUCAUACACUUUUCUUUCUUUCUGCUCUCAUUUGGCAACUAUGGACAACUACACCUAGCCAGCACUACCUCAUUUUUUCUACCCCACCAUUUACAAACCAACCCUUUUCCUUUGUGAAGCUCAGUCUGUUUCCAAUUUAACAUAUCUGGCCUGAUCUUUGUCUUGGUGCCUUGUUUUCCCCUAAAAAAAGACAGCCUUUGAGAAAAAAUGGCUGCCCUAUAAGCCAUUAGGGCCUAGACCUGUUACCAAGUCUAGAGAGGCACAUAGCUGUGUGCUGGCCUAACUGGGAGUAGGGUGAGCAUAUUCUCUAGAACUGGCACUUUUCAGAUCCCGAGACAUCUACAGAGUGUAUUCAAAGGGCCUUUUUUAAUGUGCAUGCUACUCUUACUGGAAGAACUUGGUUUCACUUCUGGGAAGAUGGCUUAUUUUCCCAUGGGAAACAGGGUCCCAUUAUGAAUAGGACAUUCAUGUGCUAAGAUGUGUGGACUUUUCAAAAAGUGUCAUAGAACAUCAGAGCAGGGGUGCUUCCAAGAAGGCUGUUAUAUCACUUAUAUCACCAGAAACCAUUUUGGAUAACCGGGGAAUUCUACUCUGCCUUGGCCUUCUAGCAGGUGCCUGAGCACUCAGUCACCAAAUUCAGCCUGAGCAUCUUUUGAAUGAGAUGCUCUCCUCCGACAAGGUGGGAGGGGGAUGACAAGGGGGGCGGGGGGAAAAAGAAAGGAAUGAGGACUAAAAAGAUAGGCCUGGGUCCUCGUAUAUGGGAGUAACUUCCAUAAAAUGUGGACAAGGGGUCUCUGCCGCGGAAAGGCGUCUGCCCUCUCCCUUGAGCGCCCCAAGGCAGAGUUGCCUUAGGGGGCCAAAUGCUGUAUCUGGGCCAAAGCCUGGCCUACAGGGCAGGUGGCCAGAACUUGGAAGGAAUUCUCUUCCGCAGCCCAGGGUCCAGGCUUGGCCCCAGCAAGCUGCCCUGCCAGCCUCUGCUGCCCGGGGCCUCGCGCAUUCCGAGCCCCCGCCCCCUCCGCCCGUCUCUCAGCCUCGCCCCCCCUCUUGUCCCCUUCUCCUCCCCCCACCAGCUGUCCCCUUUCCCUGGAGCAGUGAGAGAGCCAGAGCCUGGGGAAGAGGCGGCCGCGGGCCGGAGGGGGCGUGGUGGGGAAGGGGAGGAGGGGCGGGAGUGAGGGAAUAAGGAGGCCCCGCGGUCAGCGCCCCCAGCCACUGCGAGACCGCCCGAGAGCUGGGUGCCACCGCCGUUGUCACCGCUGAGCCCUGCCCGCCGGCCGGCCCGCUCGCUAGCUCGCUUCCCCUCGCCCAGGGGGAAAGGUCAGCAGCGUCCUGGAGCCGCCGUGUCACUCCCCGAAAGCCAUGAACUGCAGCGAGAGCCAGAGGCUGCGAACCCUUCUGAGCCGCCUGUUGCUCGAGCUGCACCAUCGGGGUAACGCCAGCGGCUUGGGCGCAGGCCCUGGCCCCAGCAUGGGCAUGGGGGUCGUGCCUGACCCUUUCCUGGGCCGCGAAGUGACCAGCGCCAAGGGCGACGACGCCUAUCUCUACAUUCUGCUCAUCAUGAUCUUCUACGCCUGCUUGGCCGGAGGCCUCAUCCUGGCCUACACCCGCUCCCGUAAGCUCGUCGAGGCCAAGGACGAGCCGUCCCAGGCUAGCGCCGAGCACGAAUGGGCCCCAGGAGGCGCCCUGGCCGCCGACGCCGAGACUGCCGCGGACUCCCCGGCCGAGGGCUGCCGCCAGCUUGCCCCCGGGGGGCUGCCUGCCCUGGCCCAGGGGGCUGAGCGGGUCUAAAACCACAGCCCCAGGUUGCUGGUUCGCGCCCUCCUCAUCUCGCUUAUCCCUGGGCGCACCUCCCGCCUUUCACCCCCCACUCCUUUCCAGGGUUCGCCUCAUCUGAGGCCUAAAUAAUGGUGAGAGGCCAGGAGACCUUGUCUGGAAGGCCCUGGAAGGAGAAGCACCACCUUACCCAUUCCUGGCCAGUUUCUCCCUCUUCACCCCUGCGCCUCCACCCCUACCCUGCACAUCCAACUGCACUAAACUGCCUCUGCUCUCUUGUCUUCAGACAGCCCUGACAGCAGGCUCCAGCCCUCUGGGAACUGAAUCCAACACGUCCAACACUUGGCAUUGAACUGAAGCAAUGCAUUCUAUCAGAACUCUGGGCCGUCUAACUGGCAGCUGCUCCAGGGGCUGCCAGCGACUGCUCACUCUGUAGAGCCAACGGGCUUGCCAGGCCGACUGCAGCAGCUCCAGCUUCCAGUUGCCUUAGGGACAGAGACAAAGGAAAUGAAGAGACCUCAGACAUCUUUUCCCUUCCUCUCUCUUUCAGCAGGGAGCUAGCAGGACACUAGGAACAGUCUGUGGGAUAGAAUGAACUUAAUGGGGCACAGAAGCGGGAGGAGUGCUCAACGGGGAGGGAAAUGAUCUAUGACUGCAACUGUAUGGUUUUCUCGCCUCCCCAGUUUUCAUCCCAGUGGUAACUUGCCUGAUUUCUGGUAGCUAUGCCAUCUUCUGCUGAGGGUUACCAUUACUGGGUGUAUCACCCCUGUACUUCCAAAUGCCUCUCUUCUAUUGAUUCAGUUGUUAUUGCAGUGUCUGCUUCAUCCGUGGAACUUGAGGCUCAGAUGUUCCCUGCUCUGUAACCCUGGGGAAUGUCAGAGGCAGGUAAUAAAGGUUGUUUAAACAAUAA